AUGUCUCUUCCGGUUAAAGUGAUGAGAGACGGGCUGCUGGAGAAGCGCAGCAGCGGGCUCCUCCAGCUGUGGAAGAAGAAACGCUGCGUGCUUACCGAGGAAGGGCUGCGCCUAAACAACUGCAGAGGCGGCAGUAGUGAUGCUCCGUGCUCAGUGUGGAGCUCCAAAGCCAAGGAGCUACGCUUUGAGCGUAUGGCCACGGUGGACUGCGUGGAGUAUAAGCGAGGGCUGGUGUACUUCACUGUGGUCAUGGCUACGGGAAAGGAGAUUGACUUUCGGUGUCCGCAGGAUGGCGCGGCUUGGAACGCGGAGAUUGCUUUGGCACUGGUGCGCUACAAGAACCUGCAAGCCGUGCAGACUGGAAGGAACCGGCACCUGUCUACAGCGCACCUGGGCAGCACCGGGGAGGAUGAAGAGCUCUGACUUGGUGAAGCUUUCCUCGGGUAGAGCCUUUCUACGGUACUUCCUGUGAGGGAACCAAUCACAGUGGCGAAGGAUAAAGAUCCCCAGAUCCAUCAGCUUGUUUCUGUGGUGCA